AGAGAGGGAGUGCCGUUUUUCAGGGGUUACGUUGGAUAAAUUCGACCGUUGGGACUUAAAGAAGGAAAAAUAAAUAAAAAUAAAGAAAAAAAAAUAUACCAGAGUUCUAUGUUUGACAUCUUCACUUCGAGGAUAAACUAAGAAAAGGAACAGGAGAGUUUAGAAAGAGAGAAAUCCUUACUAAACUAAUUGUUUUAUUUGCUUCAGUAAAAAUGGUUGCGAGAAGUCCAUCUAAGCAGAAGAAAAUGAUAGCAGCUCUCAAUCCGAUUCUGCUCAGGGAAAUUGUUCAAAAGGUGGAUCGAUGCAUGGUUCGGUUGCAGGAGCUACAGUACACAGUUUCAGGUGGAACGAAGGUGAUCUCAGGCGUGACUCUUAGCCCUCGAAGUACCAGAGCUUACCUUAAGACUAGCCUAAGAUGCAAACAAGAGUCUAUAAGGAUUAAAAAUGCUGCCCCUAGGAAAUCUCCGGUGGGGAAGUUUCCGGGAAACUCAGGAGGGGAAUGGCGGCGAAUGUCAUUGCCGGCCAUGCUUGUCGGAGAAACAGUGGGAGAAAUUCUCCAAGCGAGUCAAUUUGCAAAAGAAAUAGUUGCUUCAGUCAAUACCAAGACCAAGAAGAAAAUCACUCUAGAAGAUCCAAAAACUCCAAUAAGUCAACCCAGAAAACAGAAAACUCAUCACAUUGAAGAAGACACAGAGCUCAAGGCCAAAAGAAAGAAGGAAAAGCAAAACAAAACUCGAUCAAGUCAGUACGAAUCCAUCUCGCCAGUUCUCAGACGGGCUCGUUCCAGAAUCAACUUCAAGAUCUCUCCUCCCAACAAAAGAGAAAUUGAGAAAGAAAACAAUCGAUUUGUGGCUGCAAACAGAGUAUCACCAAGGCAUAAGCCAUGGGCCAAAAAGGCUGUCCUGUUUCCAAAUCCUCUGUUUACAGCCUCUUCUACAAAUUCAACUGAGCAGCAGAAGUUUUAUAGGACAAUGUCUCCAAUCAUUGCAAGAGGAAACAAGCAACAAAACACACAACAACAACAGCAACACACUCCACAUAAGUUCUUGAUCAAAUCGCCGCACACGAAUUCGAAGUUUCAGGUGAAGAUCAAGACCCCACCAUUGAUUUCUCGUUCUCCACCAAAAAGAGCCACCAAUAAGUCUCCAAAGAUGUCAACUGCCACGAAACUACGCCGUUCAUUCUCUCCAUCAAGGCUGGCUUCAAGGUUGGUGUCACCCCUGAGGAGCAGAAAGAGCAGUGUUUACAAGAGUAGUGAUGGGAUAAUAACUACAAUGAGUGGAUUGAAGCAACGUCCAGCUUGUUCUAUCCCAGUUGGAAUUUCUUCUCGAAGAAUUUGAGGUGUGGGAUUGGGAUGGCUUCUGAGUUUAUACAUCUUGUUUUGGCUUGGAGAGUGGAUUUCGUUGUUUGAAGAUAUUUUCUCGAUGUCCAUAUUGAUAUGAUUGAUUCUAUUAUUUUUCUUGUAAGGUGUGAAUUUUCCAUGUAAUUUGUUGUUUGCCUUUUCAAUUAAUUGCAAUCAUUACAAGAUUGUAACGUUUACUUGUAUGUAAUAAUAUCUCAUGAAUCUUUUGUUAA